GCAAGUGCAUUUUUGACAUUUGGACUUUUGUAAAAAGUUGAGUUGGUGUCUGGGUGGCGUUUUUCGGCACCUUCACAAUUUAUUACAAAUAGUAGGAUACAUUUUUUUAAAUCUCGAAAUGAGUGUCGAUAAUAGCAAAGAAGAUAUCCCACCAUCUAGAGCGGCGGAAGAAAUGGGAAGUCCCAGGAAGCGUAUACGGCGUGAGAACUCCUCGCGAAAAAGUUGGAGUUUAAUGGACAGGAGAACAGACAGAGAGGUUCUUCAAGAGAUGGGUGUCGGUCUUUUGGAGCCCGAUGAGAACGAUCAGCCGUGUGAUCUCAGCCCUACCAGUAUGCACCACAAAACGCUGAAGAGGAAACAUGACAUUGAAAACAUGAAUCCCAAUGUGAACUGUGUAACGUCUCCGAGGUCCAGGUUCAGUCCCAAGAGCCCCAAAUCCAGGGUAAAGUGCAGCCCUAGCCCGGGCCCUUCUAAGGCUAAGAGCCCUAGGAGUUUGGAGAAGGCGGCACUCCAGCAGACGGAGUUGGAGACAUCCCUGGUGGAGGGCUACCUCGUGGACGAGGAGACGCCGCUGGCGCAGUGCGUGGGCCGCUACAGCGGGGGGCGCGGCGGGGAGCCGAGGCAGGCUGUGUCGUUAGGCGUCGAAGAGGAACAGAUAAUCUCCCGGCUGUCUCAGUCCGCCCCCGACGGGGUAGACUCGUUCGCCGCGCUGUCUGACGAGAUGAUGCUCAGCGUGUUCCGAUGGCUGCCGAAAUUGACGCUGUCCAAUUGUAUGUUGGUCUGUAAGAGAUGGUACAGGGUAGCGUGCGAUGAAACGCUAUGGCAACGUUUGGAUUUAGGAAACAAAUCUCUAGCCAGAAACGCGUUAGAGAGGAUACUAGCGAGAAAACCCAGCGUAAUCAGGCUAGCUAACUCUGAAAUAGGCGAAUGGCACCCAACUACGCCACCGAUCGCGUCCCGGAUUCAAUUCCUGGACCUCAGCAUGAGCACGGUGGACCGACACACGCUUAGCUGUUUGCUGGAGAGGUGUCCGGCUCUAAGGAGGUUGAGUUUGGAAAAUGUCGCACUUGGCGAUACGCAGUGUCUGUUAGUUGGCAAAUGCAAGAACUUGGAAACAUUAAAUUUGGCGAUGUGCCAAGGCAUCACCGCCGAUGGACUGAAAGCCAUCUUGGAGGGGUGUCAGCUCUUGCAAUCCCUGAACAUAUCGUGGAGCGGCCUCUCGGAGAGCGCUCUGGAGGUGUUGGUGACGUCACUGCCCCCCCACGUCACCCGGCUCAAUGUGGGGGGCGCUAGGAUCAUGACCAGCGACAUGCUGAGUAAACUCGUAGAGCGGUGUCCGCAUUUAUUAGAAUUGGAUUUGUCAGAUUGCUCUCAGUUGGGCGUUGAGGCUGUUCAGAGCGUGCAGAAGCUCUCUCGUCUCGAACAUUUGGCUCUGAGUCGAUGUUAUUUGUUGCCGCCGCACGCUCUCACCAAAGUCAGCAGUAUGCCGUGUCUACAGUUUCUCGACGUUUGGGGAAUGCUGCCUUCAAAAUCACUCAGCGCGCUGAAAGCCGCAUUGCCGGCCAUACAAAUUAAUCAGUUUAUGUUCAGCGCUAUCGCAAGACCCACAGUAGGAGCGAAAAGAACGUCUAUAUGGGGACUGCGGACCAGGGACUGAUAGGUUUAGAUGAUUGAACGUUGCGAUUAGUCGCAACGAUUAGUCGCCGCGACUGGUCGCAAGUUUGUCGGAACUUUUUUUCGGUGACAGUGAAAUUUCCUUCCGAUGUGUUGUCGCGACUGAAAGUUGCGACUAGUCGCAACGAUCAGUCGCUGCGACUGGUCACAAGUUUGUCGGAACUUUUUUUUCGGUGAGAGUGUAAUUUCCGACUCAAAG